UUAUAGAUGAUAAAAAAUAGAUAUAGAUAGAUAUAGAUUAUAGAUGAUAAAUAAAGGUUUUCUUCAUGAUGAUGAUGAUGUAUAGGCCUAAGAUUUCUGUAGAUUUUAUUUAGGCCAGCGUGUAACAUUGCCUUACCUUGAAUUUGCCCUCAAUAUUUCGGUCGUUAUUUUGAAAACUAGUAAAAUAUUGAUACAUCUUUCUUUAGCCUGUUAUACAAUAAUUGUCUAUACUAUUUAGGUCUGCCGACGUUCGUGAAUUUAGUAUUACAGUACAAACUCAAGGAAUAUUGGCCUAGGCCUGUGCGCUGCCUACGCUACACACUGGGUCUGUUCUCAUUUUUAUUGUUUAAGCUACGAUCGAUUAGGCCCAUUAAAAAAUUAUUAGUUUAUCACCCCCUCUCAUUAUUUUUGAAGAAAUGCUGAUUUUUUAAUUAAUAGGCCUAUUCUUAUUUCAAACGGUCGUUUUUCCAUCUUUUUCACUUAAAAAACUCAGGAUUUCUUGCAAAUAUUUACAGGUACGUACAACUUGAAAACAUAUUUCUUAAAUGUAAAUUUUAUUCCAUUAUUAUGACUAUUUAUGUAUGAGUACUUAACCACUUUACAUCGUGAACAUCGGUAAAACAGGGCGGGGUUAGCAAAAAAAAAAAAAAAACACCUCCCUCCCUCAUCAGUUUUUAUUCUUUUAUAGGGUGAUAAACUAAUAAUUUUUUUAUGGGGCCUUAUAAAUAAUUUGGAGAAAUUAGAAAUAAAUGUCUGAUUUUCUAAUAUUAUUUAAAACCUAAAAGAUUUUAACUAAAAUUCGGAGUACAACACAAUUUAUGGAUAUGACGUUAGCAAUGGCUACUAUCUACACUGGAAAUAGGAUUAAAGAUCAACACUCCAAUUAUCAUGAGUAAUUACACAUCAGCAAUGACUUAUCGGCAUUGGAUGAUAAGAAAAUGGAAAAACAUUUGUACACAUCAUGUUUGCAGAUGCCGGCGGAUGGUAGUAUGAAUAUGAAUGAGUCUCUUGUACAGGUGGAUCAUGAUUAUUAAUUAUUCUCUUUUAAGAUUUCCAAGGUAAUGAAAAUCAUAAUCAGCCUCGAUUUCCACUAAACUACCACUUAAAGAUUUAUUUGUUUUUUUAGGCCUACUCCUGUAAACUUGCGACUUUUUUGUCGGAAUUUAUUUUAUUACUUCUUAUAUAUAACAUAUAACCAUAAAAUAAGAAAUUUCAAACCCAGAGCUCCCAUUUAAGCAUAUUGAUCUUUUACAGUGUGUGGUUUUUAUCAAUCCUAUUUCAGUUAGGUCUGUUUCUGUUUACUUAGAACAUAAUAGGUACGUGAUCGUGCCAAAUAAUAUGCACAGUCACUUUCUGAACAUCGGUCAAACAAUUGUGAUAACAGUUGUGUCAUCAGUAUACGGGCCUAACAAACUUCAAGAUGGAAGACAAACCAGCCCCCUUCAAAGGUGAUAAGGUGAUAAAUGGCUUCAGAUGGCCGCCAAUGGUGUGUGAUGACAUGCCAGAAGAAUUGAGAAAGUUUAAAGUCAGAGAUGAUGAUGUGUUUAUCGUGACAUACCCCAAGUCUGGAACCAAUUGGACGACAGAAAUUUUAAAGAAUAUUGUUUGUGGAGGAGACCUAGAAAAGGUUAAGGAAUAUGGCGACCAUGGUCCUCCUUUGGAAUACUUUAAUUUUUUCAAAAAAUGUGACAGCUUCCCGACAGAUAAGCCGAGAGUCAUGAUGACUCAUGUUCCCGUGGAUAUCCUACCAAAAGAAGUGUUUGAAGGUAAAGGAAAGGUUGUGUACGUUGGGCGAAAUCCAAAAGAUACAGCUGUAUCCUUCUGGCAUUUUAUAAAAGAGCGACGAUUCCUGGAGGAGUAUGAAAAAUGGGAGAACUUUCUGGCAGCAUAUUUAAAACCUGACAUGAUGUGUGGAUCUUGGUUUGAUAUCAACCUGAAGUACUAUGAACACCGUGAUGCGAAGAAUUUCUUGUUCUUAACUUACGAAGGAAUGAAACUCGAUCACAAAGGAUGUGUUAUUCAGCUUUGUGAUUUUGUUUCUCGUCACCUGACGAAUGAGCAAGUUGACCUAAUUGUCAAUAAUACAACAUUUUCCAACAUGAAAUCGAAAUUUACUGGUAAGUUACCAGACAUGAAACAGCUUGGAAACCUUCCUAAACUAACCGCCAUGGGUGAUCCAAAUCAGAAGUUUAGCAUUAUGAGAAAAGGUGUUGUCGGUGACUGGAAGACACAGUUUACCGUCGCUCAAAAUGAGUUAUUCGACGAAAUUUACAACGAAAAGAUGAAAGGAUCUUCUUUAAGGAGACGAGUACUAUUUGAAAUUGAUGCCUGAGUUGUCAUGGAAACCCGGUCAUCAUCUAUCAAUUCAUUUAUUACAGUGCUAAUGAAUACUUAACAAUCGCUACUAUAGGUUGCCAAAAUAAUUGCGAUAAUUUCGUUUAUUGGCCUUCUGACCAAGAUUUAGUCUAACAUGAUAUCGAUCACAUUACGUGGAUAUAGUUUUUAUAUGAAAUAGUGUAUAAAUAUCCUGCUGAUAUUUUAGACUGUCGUUAAAGUGAAAGAAUGAGCAGGGGCAGAUCCAGAAUUUUCCAAGCCGGGGGGAGGGGGAACAUAACAAUUUUAGAAUAGGUAAGUGAGUAGCGCAUGACAUUGGUUUGCAUUAAAAUGUUUAAAACUUAGUGGCCCUUACUGGAUCUGCCCCUGAUGAGGGCUUCUCUUAUGAGUCCAUGAGGCUAGUUUUUUUCUUCGAUCUUCCCAGUACACGUAUGCUCCGAUUAUUAAUUCGCGCAAUACGUUUUAAACAAUGCCGUACAAUUUUUGCAUUAGGACACAUCAAAACAGUUAAUAAUCUCACGGAAUUUCAUUUGGUUUCAUCAAUUUUAUGGGCUUAGAAAAAUAAUACAAAUCAAAUAAUUAAUAA